AUUGAGUGUCAACGAUCACCACAUCAGCUGCAGACUCGCUGGAGCCUGUGCUGAGGAAUUAUCUGCUGUCAGGACCUGCCGGGGACGCCACCGUGCCAACAGGGACCAGAGCUGGACGGGGGGCUGAGCCAUGUUGUCCGCCGCCAUUCAGAUCCUGGCGUUCGCCCUGGCGCUCCUGGGAGUCCUCGGCGCCACCGUAGCCACUCUGCUACCCAACUGGAAGGUGAGCAUCAACGUCUGGUCCAGCGUCAUGACCCCCAUCUCGCAGAUGCAGGGUCUGUGGAUGGACUGCGUCUGGUACAGCUCCGGCGUCUUCAGCUGCACCAUGAAGAAUUCAGUUCUGUCACUGCCGGCGUAUCUGCAGACCACACGGGCCGCCAUGGUUCUGUCCUGCAUGGUGGCGUCAUUUGGACUCUGCCUCGCCUCCCUGGGGCUCAAAUGUACCCGCUGGGGGGGCAGCCACCGAGCGAAGGGGCACACAGCCAUUGCUGCAGGGGGCUGCUUCGUCCUGGCCAGCUUCCUCUGCCUGGUCCCUGCGUCCUGGUUCACCAACGAAGUCAUCACCGCCUUCCUGACCACGGACCUGCCGGACAGCAGUAAAUAUCAGCCUGGAGGAGCUCUAUGUGUAACGUUUAUCUCCGCUGGCUUCCUCCUGGCUGGAGGAGUCAUUUUUUGUUUGUCGUGUCCCGGAAAAAGAACAAGACGACCGGACAACACUUCCUCCGCCGACCCUGACAGAUUCGUGUUGUACCAAGAUGAGCAGCGAAGGCGGGGGCUGCAGACGGAGCGUGAACGGACGAAAAAAUGGCAAAACAAAACUGUCCAGCUGCAGAUGGACGAGGUGAAGCAGGAGAAAGCUCUGCAGGAGAAACCCAAACAGCAGCAGGAGCAGAGGCUGUACUCGUCUCCUUCCAAACUCCCUCCAAAAGACAUCAAGGACAGCUACAGCCUCCAGGAGUAUGUUUAG